UUUGUUCGGAAGCAUUGGUGUAGUGUUAAAUGAGCGUUCUGUUGGUGUAGAGUCGCUCUCUGCAGCUUAGCAGCUCAGUUGAAUUGUCCAAGCGAUUUUCGUUUCUGUUUUGUUGGAUGGAUUUUUGUACUACAAAUUUUCGGUUCGAACAAAUCGGAUACACGGUACUAUUUUUUAUUCUGUUCGUUCAUCUUUGCUUUCGAAAACUCGCCGCUCGGAGUUCGUGCUGACGGCUAUGAGAAUUUUUCUUAUAUACAUGUGCCGUGCGUUGUUUGCAUGUACAUAAGCCGCGAGUUUCGAGUCCGGGAGAGUGUGAGACACGAUCGCGUCGCAGUGGUUUAGGGUGUGAGAGAGGUGUUUUCAGACCAAAAGCGAAGGCAGCAACAGUGUACAUAAAAGAAGUAUAUCGAUCUAGUGCCUAGCAGUGCUUCUCAAAAUGGCAACCCGUGAAAAGAAGCCCAGAUCAGUGAAUUCAGACUCUCCCACCCCGUCCCUCGGUGGCGGUAGUGAUUCCGCGCCCUCAACACCAACUAGUAAAGGCAAAGGUAGUCGCGCAUCCUUGGGUAGACAAAAGCCAAAACAGUUGCAGAAUGCUAAUGAAGAUUCUGUCCAAUCAACAGAUGAUAUUAGCGAUAUGCCAGCAACAGACUCAGUAGGUUCUAGUGUUGGCAGACCUAGCAGUAGUAGUAGUAGUAGAACCACACGAGCCAUGAAGGAUGAAUCUGUGGAGCAAGCCAGUAGCUCCAAGGAAAAGGAAAAGGAUGAACCCAAAGAUUCUAAGGAUUCAAAAGUGGCUGCCACACGCAAGACGGCUGGCGAAAAAAAGAAGAAACCAAUCGUUGGAAAAGGUAGUAAGGUUAAGACUUCUGUCACGGCACUGAAGAAAACUACGUUGAUGAAACGUAAAACUAGGCCAAUUGUAGGUAAACCAGUACUAGGAAAGAAGGUCAUCGCACGAAAACAAAUUAAUUCUAAAGGCAAAAAGGAUGUGACCGUGACCGUGAAAGAAGAGGAUAGCAAAAAUACCAGUCUGCGUAAUGGCAAACCGCGCGCCACGGACAGUCCGGUUGGCAAACGCAAACCAGUAACCCCCAAGGAUAAAUCCCCUAAGGAUUCAACUUCAGACUCAGUCACGGUGAAGGUAGAACGCCGUCGAUCGGAUUCUGUUUCAAAAUGCUCAGAUGUGACCGAUGCCAGUUUGUUGGAUACCUCUUCUUGCAAAGAUGAGGAUGACAAAAAGGACGAUACCAGCCUUUCGGAACUUAAACGCGAGCUUAUGGAAGAACAUGAGACUAAGACAAAAAUCUUGGACAAAAUGGCAGAAGCCUUCAAUGAACGCAAGACCCCCACUGUUACAUUAUCGAAGGACGAUAAAAAAGUGAGGCGUAGUGCACGCCAACGCAAAAGUACCACUCGUGAUAAGGGUGAUUUUGUCACACCUAAACUCAAAGUACCGGUGGAGAUUAAAGCAGAACCUAUGGAUACCGACGAAACGACGGUCGCACCAUUAAGCAUCGACACGGGGACAUCCGUGAAGGAGGUGCCUAGUAGUGAAUUGGAAAAAGACUCAUCACUUAGUCCGGAUUUAGUUAGUGAGGGUGUAUCAGAAAUAAGUGUAAAAGAAUUUUACAGUGAACCCGCUUUUCUUGAAAAUAAUCUAGGUAUCGAAAAGGAUCCCAAGUUGGGUGAAAUUGUGCAAGUACAAGAAAAGAUUAAAUUGGAUAAAGAAAGUGACAGUGUAGUAACCGCCAAUGGCAGUACGUCAGUAAAACAAGAAGCUCUACCGGUUGUGAUAAAAAAGGAAAAAGUGGAACCUGAUGAAAUCAAAGAUGAUUCGGAGAAUGUGUUUUUGAAAAGUGAACAGAUGGAAUUCGGUAAGCUGAAAGAGAUCAUUGGUAUCGUUGAAACAAGUGAACUUCCGCCUAUCGUAGUGAUUCCAAAUUAUGAAUGUCCAGGCAAUGAAUCGCCUGCUUCGGAUGGUUCCAAUGAUUUGGUGACCACCGUAAGUAGUAAAGUGGAUAGUAUAUUGAAGAAAAUAGACUCUCGCUCAGACUCCGAUGGGGAACGACCAAACAAACAGAAUACUCAAAAGACCAAAGUUACUGGCAAAGAAGCAAAAACAAAAGCCCGCAACAUGAAGGACAAAGGCAAAGAAGACGAAAAAGUGAAAGAAGAAAAAUUGCGUCAGGAAAAACUACGCGUAGAAGAAAAAGUGCGCGAAGAGAAGCUCCGCGCAGAGCUUAUAAGUCAGGAAAAACAAAAACAAAUAUCCGAAGAUUUUCAUCAAGAUGAAAAGGUUAAACGGGAUCAAGAUGUGAAAAAAUCUCCAUGCGAUACAUCUGAGCCAGUCGGUAAACAAGUUAGUCCUAAACGUGAUGAUGAAGCUGUGUCGGUUGUAGAAAAAGUGAUCCCCUCAAAAACCAUUACAACUCUCAGUCUCACUUCAGCCGAUUCUCAUUUAGUUCUUUCCGUAACCUCUACGGAUCCGAUUGAAGUUGUUGAAAACACUAAAGUAGAACCUUCCAUUGUAACUAACACAAUUACCUUGGAAAAUCUUCCUGCCAUCACCCUUCUCAAAAAAGAUCCGAAUCAGACAAAGAAUGAUAGUGUGAUUGAAAAUGUUCAACUCAAAGCUGAACUAGAAAUUCUUCCUAUCAAGGAAGUGGUUGUGGCUAAGGAAGAGAAAUGUGUGAUGAAGGAGCCGGAAGUAUCAUUUUAUAUAGUCCCAAAGAGUGGAGAAACGGUUGCUGCUGUGUCCGAGAAGGUAGCUAUUCCCGAGGAAAGCACAUCUCCCAGUAGCUUAAUCAAAAUAGAGACUGAAGAAAAAGAUUCCGGUACUUUCACAGAAAUUCCGACAGAAAUACAGGAAGUAAAAACAUCCGACGCGGUUGAAAAUCGCGAGUCGAUCAAAGAAGUUCCACAGAUGAACGAAGCAAAGACUGUUGAAAUUAGUCCGCUAAGCGUGACUGAAGAUGUUCUUCCAGUGGUAGAACCCACCAGAAAUGUGGAGAGCUUGUCGGAAGUUGUGGAUGAUUCUGACGACAUCACCAAGCAGAAAGAAUCCCACUUUAAACAUCUAGGACUUCUCACCCUUCAAGCUGCCAGCGCCGAAAAGCAACGAAGGAAGGAGCUUGUGCUUCAUAAACCAAGUGGUGGCUCAGGAAGUGGAUACAGCUCCUCUUCCAGCAGCGGUGGGAAGAGCAGUGGCAAGCCAUGCAAAAAUUCCGAAUCCACAGGAACCCUAAAAACUGUGAUAAAACUUAAUCGAGGUGAAAAGCGCAGAGCACGACUGCCACUAAAAAUGACCCUACAGAAAGGGAAAGGCAAGGGCGCCGAAAAGGAUGCCAACGGUGCAGGCGGAAAUGGAGAGACGGCAUUCUACAUCAUUCAAAAUGAGACUGAUCAUCAGAAUCAAUCGAUGCCUGACGCGACAGGAGCCCCACAGCAAGCACGGAAAGCGCACAGCCGUUCCCACACCACCGCAGAUGGUGUCACCUUAACCGAAGUGGUCGCAGAAACUGCUACCAAAGAGGUCGUUCAAAAGGCACUGGUUAUUCCUGAGAAGGCUUCUUCGUUCAACGUUCACCCGGAGCGGUUAUGCCAGGACCAAUGCUUCUACUGUGGCGGCAAAUUUGGCUUGUACGACACGCCAUGUCACAUAGCUGCAAUGAAGUCCACCGACAGGCAGCAAAAAAUACUAGCUAGCGAGGUAAAAAUCAAAAUCGACAGCUGUUUGUGCGAUGCCUGUUUCCGGCAUGUUGAUAGAAAGACCAACUGCCCUUCCUACAGGAAAAAGACCGAAGCAAAAUCACUUUCAUCGCUUGCAAAGAUUCAAAGUAAUCCAGAUUCGUCAUAUGAGGAUAAGCAAUCCCACGAAGAGAUGGUGCUGAGCACAGCUUCGAUGGCAGCGGAGAAUAUUGAAACGGAUGCCAAGGAUAACCCAGUUCAACCGUCUACCAGCGAAGAUCUGGAAAUAGUAGAAGAGAGAAUUCACGGUAGCUGUUACGUUCAGAACUGUGGUGCAAAUGCAUCCCAUACGAUCCGCCGCAAAUGGCUGUUAAAGAUGAAGAAAACUAUUAGUAAGAUUUUGGAGAUUAAUCUAGAACAAACCAACGUGGCAUCGAAUUUAAUACCGAUUUGCGAUGGUCACUACGAGUUGAUAAGCCACCUGAUGAUUUGCGCCAUGUGCAAGCGACGACUGCCGAAGAACCACAUCUAUUACAUAGUUAAUGAAAUUCCACAAUUAGAACGCCUUAUCCAGGAGCAGGGCAUAGCAAUGAAACUUGGCAAUUCAACGCUGGUCGUGUGUAAAUUAUGCAGAUACUAUGCUAAUUUGUUGCUUAAGCCACCGGAUGCAAAAUCACAAAAAGCUCAGUUCAUCAAGAACUACAACAGAAGAAUGCUACAAUUCUAUGAACGUGAAAACGAACAAGAUCAAUCGGAAACGAACACCGUCGUCGUGGAACCAGUCCGAAUAGUUUCCAAUCCAGAUAUCGUAAUUUCCGAUGGGGAGGAGGAAUCCAACGGCUUGGUGACGAUGGGUGAUUCAGUCUCAUUACAGCGACGUCGUCGUCAUUCGCAUAAGUCCACUGAACUUUCUAUAGUUGAUGCUAACUGUGCUCAAAUGAGCGAGCUAGAGGAGGUUACGAUAACACCUGCACCGAAACUGACCACGGCAUCCAACGUCAGUGGCAAUAGUUCCAUCAUUCUUGAUACGACAGAUGCGUCUAUUGAUCAGACAGCUUCAGCUGAGAAACGACGAAAGGACGACACUCUCGAUAUGACAAAGGCCCUUAAAGCAAACCCAAACAUUUCGAUGCGCGAGCUGUUCCCUGGCGAGGAAGAAUUGGCUAUUCAUAUCAAUAUUCCUUUCAACACGGCUUCGACGCGAACACCGGAAGGAUGGGCAAAGGUAACCUCUACCUUACAAUAUGACGAUGCCACACGAGCACUAUGGGAAGAUUUGCAGAAGCCCUAUGGUAAUCAAUCUAGCUUCCUACGGCAUUUAGUGCUACUGGAGAAAUAUUAUCGCAACGGCGAUUUGAUACUAUCACCGCAGGCUAAAAAUAACGCUGCCACUUACUCAGAAGCCGUUCAAAACCGACUACGAGCAUUUGAUAAUGUACCAACGCCUCCUCCUGUAACGGUAAUCGAUAAAACCACUAUACUGCAGCAAUUAGGCAAUGCACCAAUCACUAUCAUUCCGGCAGCAAAGUCAAGGACUAAAUCUUCCACCGAACCCGUCAGUUUACUCAAAUCGAACAACCCUCAUUUGGUUAGCGGAUCAGAACCAUCAUCGGUUACAACAUUGAAGCGAAAGUUAUCUAUUGAUUCUAAAUCAAAAACUCCAAGCGGAAAGAUUGAAUCCGCUCAGGGGAAUAAAGUGAUUAAGCUAGAUGAGACCAUCGUUAUGCCGGGAAGUAAAACCCCUAGUCUGGUUCCCCCAGAACUAAUAAGCAUUAAUGCGAAACAAAACGUUACGAUUACAUCAAUUCCGUCGACCAAGAUUCAGACAUCAAAUCUUCAAAGCCAGCCGACUCAGCAACAAUCGCUGCUUCAACCGCAGCAAUCACUACUACAACCACAGGUAUCCAAUAAAAAGGUUCCUGGGUCAAGUGGUACUCGUGAGAUUAUCAAGCUGCCAGAUCAGCUUACCGAAGCGGAACGACGUGAAACGUCAAAACCGUGGCGUCCAACCCUUAUUCCUAUCACUCCUGGUAGCUCCGAAGCAAUCAAAGCUGGUCCCCUAUACCAAACAGCCGAUGGACGAAGGCUACCGAAACUGGUCCAAGUCAUGUCUGGUGGAAAACCGUAUCACAUUUCUAUCAAUGACUAUAACCGAAUGUGUAUAUUAAGGCGUGAAAAGCUGCUGCAACAGCAGUUGCUACAGCAGCAAAUCCAUCAACAUCAGAAGAGACUGCAGCAACAGUCACCUCCAUCUCUGACUAAGGCACCGAAAUCUUCCGAAACGUCAAUCAAUUCUGCAAAAAUGGUGCAAAUUCCGAACCAGAUCCUUGAACAGAAUUCGCUAAUCCCAAUCAAUAACAGUGGGCACACCAGUUCGGGCAGUACCAAGGCAAAUGGUCCUAACAGCGAACUGCAGCAGCUUAUUCGAACACGCAAACCAAACAGUAAUAGCAACUUGAUGCCGACGACCAUCUCGAGUGCUGCAGCAACUGCCUUUUUCAAGAACACAUUAUCGAUGAAUGCUGCCAGCAAAGCGCUUUCGUUACCCAACAGCACCAGUCUCUUUUCAAUGCCUGUACAAAAUCAACAGCAGCAACAACAACAUCCACCAAAUGCUUCCUCUCCCACGACACCCUCGCAACUUGACCAGCUCAUAAAAAGUAACAACCAAUUCCUGAACAGCUUCGUUAGCCAAUCGCAGCUCAACGCGAUGGUGGUGGCAGCGGCAGCAGCGGCGGCCAACUCCGGCAACCCAAUGAUGGGCGCGGGCACCAGCGGCGGAUCAAUUCUCAUGGAUAACUCAGCCGCCCAUCUGUUAUCCAAAAUACCAAAAUCCCUAACUGUGAUACCACAACAGAAACAAAGAUCCUUGUCACGUGUCUCCUCGAACGAGGACCAAAGCAGUGCCUAAGCAAAAGAAAUCGAUGAUACAAGCAAAACUGAACUGCACACUAAAGUUAGAACAAAAAGCAUAACCCCUUAUCGGAAGUAGAAAAUGAAGAAACCAACCUGUUCAAUUUUAGAAUUUAGAUAUUUUUCUUACAAUGCUAAUCAAAAAAUUAAUUCACUAACACAGAAAACGUAGGGAUGCAAAUAAGCUUGGGAACUAAUCAAUUGCUCUAGUCACUUUGGCUUGUCUUUAAAUAUUUACGAGUUUUCGUUCUCGAUUUCUUUAAUCAGUGGAAUGUGAGCUAAACGCGGGAAAACAUUCCAACUCGGGUGAGCGAAAAUACUGACCAUUUUGACUGCAGGCGAAAAACAGGUCGUCAUGUUUUUUUCGGUAUGUUGUAGGCACAACGGCAGACUUUGUUUAUUAUCGUUAUCACAGAUCACAGAAGUAACAACAACUCAAGCCAGUGAAACAACAUCGAAAACGCUCAUUGUCACAGGACAACUAACAAACCUAACGGAAUCGGAAAAUAGUAAUCGGUUAAGAGACGAGUGAGGUUUUUAUUGCGUCGCUCGUUCCGCGUAGAAUUUCUUUGCCACAUGUGCAAAGAUUUAAUUACUUGUAAAGCACUAUAAUUUUCUAUUAUAAUGAUAUGAUUAUUGCCGAUAAUUUAUUAGACAAGAAAAAUCAUAUUUUAUGUAAACACUAAUGUACUACACCCACAAAGUGUGCGUCCCCAUCUGGGAUUAAUUCAGGCUACUCUGUCGCAACAUAAACUAUGUAUUCUCCUUUUCGCAAAUCAUUUUAUUUGUGCUUAGAAAACUAUUAGCAACCUUUGUUUUAGGUUUAGGCUCAGCCCGAAGUCGGGACCAUUAAACUCUACCGGUAAAUUAUUAUACUAUUAUAUAUGCUUUGUCCAUUUCGCUUUGAUCAAUUCUACAGAAUAAUUUUCUGCAAGAAAGCCUAGUGUUGUAAGUUUGAAAAAAUACAAUGCAGUAAUGCCCCUGUUUACAAUGUAAGUCAAAUUUAAUGAUAGAAAUAUGAAGACAAAAAUAUGUUGGAACUUUCAAACGAAGAGAUACGAAUAAAAGUUACAAAAAAAAUUAAAAGAGCAAACAUAUGAGAUAGUUGACUAUUAUUUAAUGAAUUUUAGGAAUCAGAUAAAUAAGGAAUCAUAUUUUAUCACACCUAUCACUAACGGAUGAAACCUAGACAUACACAAUAGACGUAUACUUCGAUUUAAAACACGUGUAUAAAUUUGAAAUAAAUUUAAAGGUAUUCCAUAAAUA